CCCGUUUUAUUGCUUGUUGUGAAAAAGAUGGAUUGGAUUAAUUACUUGGAUAAUUUUGGCUUUAACCAAGGUUGAAGCUAUCCACAUUUGGGAGUUUUAUAGCAAUUGAAAAGAGAUGGAUUGGGCUAAAUAUUUGGUUAACCCAUUUCGGUUGUUUGGUCUCGUCGGCCCAACUGAGGAGUAUGAACAUUGAAUUUACCUUUGUGUCCUCAAAGUUGUGUAAAGUGUGCCUUCAUCCCUUUCCCAAAUAUACACUUCGAAUUCAGCCCUAAAGUGAAUCCCGCCACUCCAAUUACUCUUCCCGCCCCAGACCUUGCUCCAUUAUAUAAUGAGUGGUGUUUGCCCUAAAUGAAACAACCGCCAUUCCCACGAAUUCCAAGCGUUUCUACGCUAAUCCUUCCCGUGCAUUGAACACAAUGGCGAGCUCUCAGCGAUCCGGUGGAAGCAUCUGGAUGUCAGACAACAAUGGAGGUUUCCCCACAAGUUGGCGGAAGCAGGGGAAGUCGGACCGGACUCGUCGUAGCUGGACUGAAGCAGAGGAGAUGUGCCUCAUGGGUAGCUUAAAGGAAUUGGUGUCUCUAGGCUGGAAAUCCGACAACGGAUUUCGUAAUGGCUACCAACAAAAGCUCGAAGACUCUCUACGCCUUGCGUUUCCCAGGUGCGACAUCAAAGCAAAUCCACAUAUAUCUUCAAAAAUCCAUACUUGGAAGAAAAUCUAUGGUGCUCUGUCAUUGGUCUUGGGCCGUAGUGGAGUCGGAUUUAAUCUGAAUGGGGACUAUAAGAUCGAUUGUAAUGAGGAGCAGUGGGAGCAAAUUAUCAAGGCUGACAGUGGUGCACGCUUUCUGCGAAACAAGCCGUGGCCCUACUACGACGAUUGGACGAUCGUGUUUGGUAAGGACCGAGCGAAUGGAGAGUCUUCCAAAGACACUGAUGCUGCUGUUGAACAGCUGCAUGUCCAGCCCCUCCCUGCUGACAUCAACGGAGACGAGUACCACGUUAGCUUAGACAGCUCAUUCGAGCAGUCGAAGGAGAACGACCACACCUCCCCUGCAACUAAUUAUGACAGCGCAUUCAGCUCAGCGAAGGACGGAGCCCCUCAAGCGCGCAACAAGAACAAACGUAAGUCGAGGGAUGAUUUUGAUGACUUGGUGCAAGUGAUUUCGAAGAUGCAUGAAGCUACCAACGACAGGCUCGAACAUCUUGCCAAGCGAAUUGGGUAUGAAUUUGAUCUGACUAAGGCUCGACAGGAAGUGUUUGAACUAGUGGGUGGCAUCUCGGGACUGACACUCGGCCAAAUCUUUGAUGCAUCUGACUUCAUUCUGGAGAAGGUUGAGAAGCUUGACUUCUUUAUGAGCCUCCCUCCAAUGGCAAAACAAGCUUAUGUGUACCGGGCGUUGGAGAAGGUUGUCGUCAUUUAAGGAUCCUAACAACUCGUCCACGUACCCUACUUAUUAUUGCAGUAUGUAGUUGCUCUCUGUUUCCUGAUGUAUAUAUGCAGUUGGGUAGGAAAAGUUGGAGAUGGUAGUCUCAUCUUUUGCGGUAGGUGGCAGGGGUUUUUGUAUAUAGUAGUAUGAAUGUAUGGGGUUUGAACUAAAAAGUGUAAGGGUGGUGGCUUUUGUAUGAAUGUAUCAGUAGUUAUGGUAUCAGUAGUAGUUAUUUCUA